AUGGGAGCUUAUGACUCGAACAAAAAUAAGGAGAUUUCCUACGGCAGGGAGGUCCGUUCUCCGUGGAGCGGAGCUGGGGAUGGAGUCGGGAACCUGACGGAGAGGAUUGGGAGCAUGGGGAUCGGCGAUUCCCCAAUGGAUGGUUUAAUUCAGGUCAUAAGGGCGGUGGAGGACGCCGAGAAUCAAAUCAAGCAACAGGUAAGACUAUCUCAAUCCUGAUGCGUAGCUUCCGUCUGGUGUAUGUUUCAAUUCUGCUGUAAUAUUUCCUCGGGCACUCAUGAACCCUUGACCGUUUGAAGGAGCUUUUUGGUUGUCGCUAUGUGUGAGAAAUUUAGACGAUAAAUGUGAGCCAGAAUCGUAAUGCUGCCAUAACUUGUCUUUUUUUUAGCCCUGAAGAAAAGAUUAGCAUCUUAGGUUUGUUAUAUAAAACGACCGAGUUUGCAGAUGUAGUUGGUGCACAGGUCAUGGUACUUAUUGGAAGAAAGUAGGCAUUAGAGGUCUGAAAGGCUGGUGUGACUCAGCAGAGACUGUCGUGUAAUUUGAGGUAGUUCAAUCACAAUGACGCAUUCGUACCUCUGAUGUGAAAAAUUGAAACGUUCACAUUCUUUGGUUCUUAGAUUGAUCAGAUUGAGGACUAGAGAAGAUGCACCAGAAAAAAACCAUUUUAUGGCAUACAUGACUGUUUCUAUUUUGAAAUUGAGGUGAAUGCCAUUGGCCGGAUUAAACCUGGGUUCGUGGCAGGAGGAUGGUGGCAUCUAACGCUCAGUCGAAGUUAUGAAGAUAAGGCGUAGGACAUAUAGUUUAGUCAGGAUGAAGCACGGAAUUACAGUGGGUUUUCUUUUUCGUGAAAAGCUAGGAGCUACCGUCAAUUUUGGUAACAUGGAGAGAGAUGAUGCAUCUGUAUACUCAAUGUGUGUGUACAAAUACAUGAAUGUUGAUUCCUUUGAAUGAUUUUGAAAUAGUUUUAAACUUAUAUGAUGCUCUGUACAGGUUAUAAUCGAUAACUUUUACUCUAUUGAUUGAAAACUCCUGUAACGGCAAAAUAGUACAAUAACCUUGUUUCCUAUCCUUCAGUGGCUAUCCAAGUAGAUCCAUUCUUUCACUAUGAAGACUGAAAGCAGAUGGACGAAAUUUGAAUUUACUGUCAUAACAAGUGCAAAGACUGAAAUCUAUCACUGCAGACUAAGUUAAAAAGCGAACAGCUUGAGAAACACAAUAUGAAGAGCUUCAUUUGAUAAUUCUGUCGUCAGGUUAAAUGAGAAUGUAGAUGAUGAUUUUUUUUUAAACAUUUUAUAUCAUAAAAUAGUGUCCGUCAUUAGGCUUCAGAACAUGAUUAUCUCUAGCUGCAACAUGCCUGUCACUUACAGAUUUUUCUGCCCCAAGAUUAGUACACAAUAGCAUUUAGAAAGUCUUGGGUUACUACAACUAGAACAAUAUAUAGGCUUAAAUUUUUGUCCAUCAUGGAUCCCUUGUCAGUUGAGUUUCUCAUUGUAAUGCUUGUUCUUGCAUGUCUUGCCUUGUUGCGCCAAUGCAUCCUUUCUUUCAUUUCCUGUUGUUGGUUCUUUUCUUUCCCUGUAUUGUGUCUUGUCUACACAUGUGUCCUUUCCCUGUUUUUUGGUGUUGUUUGGCUAGUGCCCUUGAUUCUGUUAAUGAGGUUUGAAAUCCUGCAAAGUGUGAACAUCAUCUACCUCUAUGAGUGUUGUUGGGGUUAGUCGUCGUAAUAAAUAAAUGAUCUAUACAUGACAAGUGCACCAUUACAAUUCGAUUUUCCUUGUAGUGCUGCUUGUUGUCGCCUCUUUUGCUUGGGGUUGUGCAUGCAACUCUCCUUUAGUCUUCUUUCCUUGUUUCUGCUCCUUCUAUUUGUCCAGGUGCUUCCUUCCGACCUCGUCUUGCUGUGAGUCCUCUACAUAUUCCUCAUCAACCUUGCAAGAUGGAAAAACACGCCCCUCUGUUCUUCUCUCAAUUAUUGCAGUGAUUACUCUUCGUCCUUCGGAGAUUUCUCCUAUUGCUGGUGAUGGUUAUUUGUUGCGCCAUCUUACGUACAUCUGUCCCCCUUUUUCAAAGUUUGUAGAUGCUACGGGGUGCUAUCAGUAGCUCCUUCAGAGACCGAUAUUCCCUGUAUGACUCAUUUAAAAGAUCUUGAUUAGCUGAGCAGUCGGUAGGGCGUUGCCUUCUUGAUAUUGUUGUUCAAUACGUUGAAUGUCUUGAACCCGUGCUAUUAUUUGAUUCCACCAUUUCCUGAGUCUCCAUUGGUGGCAUUUGUUUUAUAGCACCAUUUGAACCAAGACCUUUGAGUCAAAUUCAACCCAUAUUUGCAUAAGGUUGAGCCGCUUACAUAGGAUGAGGCCAUCUGCUGGCGCGUUGCACUCAACCUCCAUGUUAGUGCCAUAAUUAUAACUUUCGAAAAUGCUAAAAUGAUAUGUCCAUUGCUAUCACAGAUGAUUCCACCUCCACCCGCUUAACCUAGAUUGCCUCGUGAGGCCCCAUCUAUGUUUAAUUUCACUUGAUGCAUGGGUGGAGGGGUCCAUUUUAUAAGUUGGUAUGAUCCAUGAUUCUGAAUUUUCCCCACAACCAAGCCCCAACCAGCUAGUAGUGUCGCUUCAUCCCUAGUUGUAAGUCUACAGGGCAGAACUACUGAAUCUAAUCCAGCCACCCACAAUUUACAUCUAUGGGUGAUGAAAGCAGGCUGGUACUCUUUUCCGGCCAUCUUUACUAGAUUUCUCCCUUUCUAUAUUUCCCAUGGCAUGCAGCCGAAUGUCGUUCUCCUAUUAUUUUUGCCUUCAGUUCUCUCAUUUUCUUCUUAAGAAAAACUCACUCCAUUCUCGAAAUGUUCUUGACCCCUGUCUAGUUAAGUCUACUUGCAUAGGAACCAAAACCAGCACACAACCACCCAUUCGAUCUCAAAGAACAAGUGAUCUAAAGUCUCAACUUGCGGAUUGGUUGGGCAACAGCAACAUUUUGAAGGUAAUUGGACUCCUAACUGCCAUAGAUUUGCAUCCAUAGGUAGUGUGUCUUUCAUUAGCCUCCAGAGGAAGAAUGAUAACUUGGACGGAGUGGCUAAUCCCAAAUCGCCCUACCCCAUGAAUGUAUAAUUCUCCUCGUCCUAAGUUGAUUCCAGGCUGAUUUAAUGGAAAAUUGCCGUCUUUGGUUAGUGACCAGAUAGAUUAAACCUUUUCGUCAGAAUCUGGAUUUGCAUCUCUGAAAUUUCCUCAAUAAUUUUACCAUUCACUCUGAAUCAAGCAAGAAAAGGUUUCCAAUCUGAUUGGAAUAGCUGUCUCACCUGAAAAUUUGGGUACUGUCCUUGGUAACCAGUGAUAUCAGCUUGCAAGCCCGCUCCUGAUCAGUUGUUCUACCACACGUUAAACCUCCCCUCUUUUAUGUGCCAUCUAAUUCGGAGUUUCAUGUCUAUCUAGGCUGUUUGUAGCUUUCUUAACCUAGUAGGACCCUUAAUGUUGUUACAUGUGUUAGGCCAGGGUCCUUAUUUUGCUUGAAUAAGAUUCGUCCAUAAUGAAUCGCUAUUAUGGAUCCACCAUGUCUUCUUCAUCCUGCAAAUCCUCAUUUGCUCUCUUAUGUUCCUUAUGCCUAGACCUCCUUCGUCCACAGGGCAGCAUGUGUCCUUCUAUGAAACCCAAUGCCUCUUCCUACAAUCAAAUGACCUUGUUCAUAAAAAAAUAGCCAUGAUUCUAUCUAAUCUAUCAAUAAUCCAUAGUGGGAUGUCAUAAACCGAAAUCAAAUGAAUUGGCACGCUAUUAUGUACGUAUUUAACUAGUGUAAGUCCUCUUCCAGGGCGUAGGAAUUUAGCUUUCCAGCCAUCUACUUUGCCACUAAUCUUUGAUAGCAAAUCUUCGAAAUAAUGUUGUUCUAAAAUUCGCUUGUAAAUUGGACAUCGAAGGUAUUUGAAAGGUAGUGAUCCUUGUUGGAAAUCGGUAUAAAUGCGCAUUAUCCUUGACCUUCUAGGACUAGCUUUUGAUGCUGUAAAGAAACAGCUUUUGUGUGCACCAAUAUUCUGCCAUGAUAUCCCCUCAUAUUUCUGGAGAAAAUUCAUGAAAUUUUUCAUUUUUCCCACCAUUUAGGAACAUGAUUCUGUCCUCAGCAAAUAAACAAUGAGAAAUCUUUUGGCAUCCCUUCUUGGUAUAGAAUGAUUCUAUAGUGCCCUUCAAAUAUAGUCUCUUAGUCCUCUACUAGGGCGGGGGAAAGUGGGUCUCCCUGUCGGAGGUCUCUGCUGGCUGUGGAGAAAUCUGUCGAAGAUCCAUCUAUGAGUAGGAAAAAAUUGUUAAAACUAAUACAUGUCCUCACGAAUCCUAUCCAUUAUUCACAAAAUCCAAAUUUUCGUAGCACCUCAAGGAAGAAACUCCACUCCUGAUGAUCAUAUGCCUUCUCCAUGUCUAUUUUAAUGAUUAGAUUGGACCCCCGGAUCUUAUAGUUUAAUGAUUGUGUCAUUUCAUGGACUACGGCAACAUUCUCUUGUAUGAGUCUUCCUUUCACGAAGGCUCAUUGUUCCCUAGAGAUCAACAUUGGGAGUAUUACACCCGAUCUUUGAUUCAUCUUUUUCGCUAUCACCUUGUAACAUACGCUACAUAGGCUGAUAAGGCGAAAGUUAGUGAAAGAUAAGGGAACCUUCUUAGGGAUUAAAGCAAGGAAGGAUGCUGUCCAGGGUCUUUGUGAAGAACUCCCCCACUGCUGCACAAAGAUCCUCCCCUACAAUGUUCCAGCAAACCAUAUAGAAUCGGGCAGAGAAUCUGUCUCGUCCAAGUGUGCUGUCACCUUUCAUGCUAAACACUAUUUGUUUAAUCUCCUCAUUAUCAGGUGGAGCACAGAGAAUGAUUAAAUUCCUGACUAAUCAAGUGAGGUUCAAUAGGUCAUGGUUUGCGUCCACUGAUUCUGACAUUAAGAGUUCAGAAAAUACUUUUUGCCCACUCGUUUCAUGUCUUCUAUUUUUCCUCCAAAUUCUUUUCGGAUCUCCUCAAAAUAGUUCACCCUUCUUCUGUCCUUAAUGGCUGCAUGGAAAAAUUUUGAGUUUUGAUCUCCCUCUUUUAACCAAUGGAUGAUGACUUAUUGCUUCUCGAGGAUAGUUUAAAUGGAUCUGUGCGAGAUUGUGGAAUAACAAGUCUUAUUGUAGACUUUAGGACGUGGCAAUCUUGAAUUUUAGAGCAACCAUGGAUUUAUGAAGUUUGGAUUCAGAAGUUGAAUGCUUAUUGGUGAAUCUCAGAUGUCAAUAUGCCCACGGAAAAAAAAACGGACACCUAGUUACUAUGACCACCGAAUUGCGUGAAAAAUUCGUGGCAGUAGGUUUGACAACAGCACUAUUAAUUUGUGAACAACCCACCACAGGACUGUGUCUAUAGCUUGUCGUGAGAAAUUGAUCUUCAGUGUCUGCUAGGCUUCAGAAACUUCCAGAGACGUUUAAAGAUGCCUUUCAUCGCAGAUGGGAAAAUUCAAGAGUAAUCCUCAUGGAGUGUUAUUUCAAACUUUUUGCAAGGAAAGGAUUUGCAUGCCUAUUAAUUAAGCCUUAGGAUUCAUUUUCCGUCCAAUGUAGUUUUCUGUGUGGAAGUCUAGUUAUGGCGCCUAAUGAGAACAUUGUAGUUCUUGAUGCGAGUAUCGAAUGAGAGGCAAGCAUUGUGCGCACAUUUGUGAUAUUAGUCAUCUAUUAAUGAAGGUGUAAAUUAUUGAUUCUAUGUUUGGAUAAGGUGAAAAAUGUGGUUUUGUUGAGGGAGCAUAUGGUGAAUUUGGAUGCAGUGUUUCAUGUGUUUGACUUCCUGGAAUAUAACCGAGAAUUGAGCCAAAUCUACUAACAAAUGUGGAGCUUAUGUAACAGCAUCAUAGUCUGCUAGGAAAUGUGGGGGUUAGGUAAUGGCAUACCAUUUUUUGUCAUUUAUGUUGUUCCUGUUUAUGAAGUCCUGUAGUGGGUGAUGGCAUCUCAUCAAAUUUGUAAUUUGUAUGGGGUUUUGAAUUGCUUGUUGCUUCCACUGUUAUUCUCCUUUUUUAGGAAAUCCUUCUAAUAGACUACAUUCCUUCCUAGGGUUCAAUCUAUGCAACUCAUGCUGAUACUUGUUGGGGUACUCGAUGUUACUAAUUACAUGAUUUUUUGGCAAACUGUCUUGUCUUUAUUUUUCAGAUCUCGUCUUUUCAUAUCUAGGUGUUCUUUUCUACGUUAUUGAUUUUUGUGACGUGUGUAGUCAUCUGAGCAAUUAGGGAUCGCUAGAGGGUCGUAUAUCUCGGGACUCAAGUGAACAAACAUAAAAGGUGCCUAUCUUGUCACCUUAAUGCGUGCAAACCCUUGUCUGUCACCUCGAUCAUUCUUUUAUUCUAAUUCAAUUCGACUAAAUAUUGAUAUAAGUUCCUAAUGAAUCUAUACAUUCAUAAAGCACUCACUUGACCAUGAAAAUGGUAUAGAUAAAAAAAUAGUUUAAUAAAUAUCACAUUAUAAAUUAUUGGAAAUGUGGAAAAGCUUACAGAUUGGAUGAGUCAUGCUUUACUUUACCUUUGGGUAUUGGCCUAUUUUGAUAAAUUUUAACUAGGAAAAUGUGAACUAGGAUUAUGAAGUUCUUAAUCAGUGGUACAAGGAUGUCUUCGUGAUGGUAUAAAAUAUGUUUCUCCAAUAGUAAAACGAUCACUUUGUAUGGACUAGAGUUAGUUUGGGGCAUUAGUAUAACAGUGAUAUGGACCAUGGUGCUUCAGAAUCGCAAAGGUGUGUUUAAUUCGGAGCCUUGAUUUUCGCUGUCAUGUUGAUGUAUAAUAAAUUAAUUUACAUUGAUUUUAAAAGCUUCCUUUGCUGAAUAGUCUCAUUUUUGGAUAUCUUUUGGUGUAUUAAGAUGGGACUGUAUCCUUUGCAUCUCCUCCGAGUAAAGGCAUUUUGAUCAUGUUAACAUCGUCUUGCUAUGUUUUCUCAGCUGGAAGAGAAUAACAAGCUGCGGGAUGAACUUAAGCAGAAGACAUGUGAACUUGAGAAAUAUGUACGUUCCAUUGAUCCGUUUAAUAAUGUCCUGGGCUAUUGCUUAUCAAUAAUAGUAUGAAUCUCAUAGGAUUAUUUAUGAUCUUUCUUGUUGUUAAUGAGCAAAGUGGAUCCAUAGGCGUCCUUGGAACAGGGGAGAGAAUAAGAAAAAAAAAACCCAUUUAUUAAGAUGUUCUUCUUGAAAUUGAACUUAGAUAUUAUGUAAUUUGAUUUUUUUUCAUCUCGCUAAUAUCCAUCGUAUUGCAUGGAAAUAGGUUCAAGUUAUCUAUUCAAUUAUUGUUAUAACUUAUUUAAAAAUAUCCAUUCAGCAGCCUAUCCUGGAGUUAAUUUUUUGAAUUAUUGUUUGCAAUCAUGUCGAAUUUUUGGGUUGAUUGGCUUAGCCUUAAUUUGUAUCACAUUGGAUAGGUCAAGCGGAUUCUGGGGAAGGCUAUGCCCCUUUAACGAGAAUAGCAUCUAUACGGCACCUCAGUCAUCCUUGAACUUUUCUAAACAUUUAUUGUUGAACCAAUGUUUAGGUGCAUGGAUUCUUACUUUUGAAACGCUAUCUGUGUUUUGAAUGAGUCCCUAUUACCACAUACUCGUGAAUAUCCUAAGAAAAUGCAUGUGGUAGUGCUUUUCAGGAUUAACGAGCUCCUUGUACAAAGUUUUUGUACUAGACACUGUAGAAGAUACGCUUAACUACAGCACACAGAAGACAAAAUCAAAUUAUUCAUAAUUACAAAAAGUUCUCAUACCCUUUAAACAUGUAGGGUUUGACUUCAAAGAUAGUUAUGUUGAUGUCUCACUAAAUAGCCCAAAGAAUCUAGAGCAACUUAAUUUUCCAUCUCCUUUGGAUGCUCAAAAUUGAUUGUACCUUCAUGGUUAUUGCUUCUUCCGUCCUGGAUGCUGCCAGCAUAUCCCGUAUACCGUGGCUUUACAUUAAUUAAAUCUCACGGGAGAAAUAACAUCCUGAAAGAAAUGUUCCAAGCUUUCCUCUUCCUGUCCUCAAAAGCGGCAUGCAAUGUAAUGGUAUUCACAAAUAGAGCUAGCCUAUCUCAUGUAAUAACCUCUCAACAGGAGCCUCCAUUUUUUUUUCUGCUCCUUCGGUGGGGAUGGGAGUUUCCUGACUUCAGAGGAUACCAGAUGCCUAGUGUCUCUGACUGCAAUGGUUUGAUAUGCUGACUUCACUUACAAUCUUCAUCCUUUCACCCAUUUCCAUCUUCAUUCGCCUGCUGUACACAUAGAUGGUAUCUUUCUUGCGUUACAAUCUUGAUAGGUCUUCCAGUCACCAAAUCCCUCCUUGCCUGAGAUUUCUUCCACCACUGUCCUACUGCCUCAAUAUCAAGGGCCUUUGCAGCAGUAAUACGAGAGUCUUAUGCUUGAUGAAUUUUUUUUUUCACUGAAAGCUAUGUUCUCACCCAAGUUUUCUUUCGAGAAUAGUGAUUGCCAAUGGUCUCUAUCGGCAAUCAUCCCAUUUACGAUGAUUGCCAAUUGUCCCUACCGGCAACCAUCUUUGGUGCAUAGGAUCUGUCUCUCUCUAUACACUGGAAAUGUUGCCUGUAAUAGCAAGUAAUUUGUCCUAGAUCGUAGUAGUAGUUAUGAAAACCACCACAGAUCAUGGCCUUCCAUCCCUGGUUUGAAAUUUUCAUCGAUACUGGCUGUUCCAAGUUAUAAUCCCUAGUGCUGAUCCCCAGAUCUCUGUUGUCUUUUUGCUUACAUAUUGUUCCCCACGUGUUGUUCUCUACUUCUGUGACUAUUCUCACACCUAAAAGGCUACCCUCUAUAGCUUCAAAUCUCUUUGAUACCGUCUUGGGUGUUCUGAAUAAGGAUAAAUAAUGGAUCAACAGGUUCGACAGCAUUGUCUUACAAGGAGCAAGCUCCCAUUUAUUAGACAAGAACUUAAAUUUUCAACCUGCCAUCCGCCUUUCCCAACUCUGCAAUAUCUUUUCGUCCUACGAUGCAAUAUUCAUGUUGCAAAGUUCUUUUCCUCCUACAAUGAAGUACUCACAUUGUUAUCAUUUUCUAGAGAUAGGAAAGUUCUCAUUCUUACUGCAGAGGCAUAUUUGCACUCGUAAUUUCCUGCCCAAAAACUGUUCUCAUAGGUAACCUUAUGCGAAGUGAUUUCUUUUAGAUGUUCUAAUAUCUCUCUCGUAAUGAGUAGCUACAUCAGCUACAUAGGUAGAGACAGGAUAUUGUUAUCUGCAAUUUGGACAUGUUUGAACUUGUUACGCAGGGAUAUACCUGGAACCCACAAAUCCAUCACAAUUUUUCAGCUUUGUGCAACAUCCUGCUUUCCACUUCGCAUUUUUCACUUAGGGUAAAAGAUUAUUCGUAAAAUUUGACUUAUCAUUAUUUAAUUAAAUUUUGAUGCAAUUGUAGACCAAGUUAUACGGUCUAUUUUAGAAUGCAUUUUUGGGUUUUUAAAUAGCAGGAAGGAUAUAGUGGUUAGUUCCUAAUUGUGAAAUAUCGUUGGAGUUGAGAUAUACGGUUUCAUACUCCUGAUUUACAAAAAGACUAGCAAACUGCACGCUUUCUGACGAGGUUUCUUAAUAUCUUUUUAGUUUGAUAACUUGUAUCAUGUGUUGAGAUAGGGGAUUGCUUUCUUAUGCUAACUCGUCAUGGGGCCUUGUUUCGCUGUUGCCUUAUUAACCUAGAUGGUUGUAAAGAGCCCUCUUUGGGGAACCAAGGAUUAAGUACGGGGUGAAUAGGUGGUACAUUAUAGGUAUACCUCUAUCUCAACGAGAUCUUGAAAUGUUCCAUACUAUCUGCGCUUAGUACCUUGAUUUGUACACUCAGGGUGAAGACUUCUUUCCAUUUGCAAAGGGCAAGCUUGAACUCCAAUGCUUAUUUCAUAUCUCAGAAAUAAGGCAACUGCAAAGAGCCUGUGGCCAGUGGGAUUCAGUUUUUCUCGUGUGUCCAUCAAAGAGCCAUAUGAGCAUUGACUGUGAGAAUGAGUUAAGGGGAAGUUCAAUUAAGUGACAGCUAAACAGAAUAAGGUUAUUAUGGUUUCAAAAAGAAAUGCAAAAAAAAGAACAGUAGAAAAGUUAUAAUUUAUAAUAUUUAAAUUGAGUUUUAGUAAUGUUUACAUUUCCAUUCCUGUGUACCCAUCUACCUCACUGCGCCAAAGUUCGAAACCUGAUCUUCCCCAGUUUUAGGGACAGCAGGGUGGGGUGGUGUCUGUGUCAACUUGCUAAUCUUCCUCGUGCUGCUGAUGCUGACCCUAGUGGCAAAUGGUGGGCUGCAGGUGGUUAGAAACUGGUUGGUAUUGGAUGAUCAAAGAAGUAGUCUUUACAUCUUCUUUCUCUUGCGGGUAUGGGGGCUGCUGUUCACUGUUCUUCUACUGGUAAAGGCUUGACCCAGCCUGGAAACUUAUUAUCCAAAGAAAUCGGGCUAUUUCUUCUUCGUCUGGUAGAGGAAUCAAUUUUGUGACGCUGCUGCUGCUGUUAUGAGAGCUAUCCUGCUGGAAACCAUGGGAAUAGAAAUGCAGCAGAGAUCGAAGGUGUACACUACCCGGAGCACGAGUAUAACCUGAUUCGUGUUUAGUCGCUGAAUCCUCUUUUAGGCUGAAGUGUUCACAUUUAUCCUAAACGAUAGCAGCUCUGAGCCUGUUGUUCCAUUAUUGAUGGUGGCGCAGGCUCUGGUAGAGUUUAUAUUGUUGGCUUUCCUUUUCAGUGAGACAAAAAAACCCCACCCCUCCCUAGAAAGGAUCCAGAACCUCUUUUGAGCUCUGGAUUGGCAAUGUGCGAUUUUUUUUCCCAUUUUCUAAGUUGAUAUGACGUCAAGUGGACUAAAUUCCCACUUCACUUAUUACCUAAAGCUUAUGGAUUGACUAUAAAAAAAAUUGUCUACUUAAAACAUAAGCUAAUUUAGAAUCAGAUUACAAAUUUUCAUUGCAUUAGUUAUGAUUAAGAAAGCACACCAGUUGUUGACCCUCAUUAAACAGAAAAAGCAUGGCGAAUCACUCAAGAUACAUUUCAUUUUUACAGGUGCUUGACGUUAUUUUCAUUGUACAGUCAAAUGCAAGCAAAUUAUUCACAAAACAUCACAAAUUCACCUACGCUUAUUUUUUUUGAUAUUCGUUGACAGAAAUCAGAUGCCAUAACGUCUGUUAGAUCCUCUUCUGGAGCAACAAGAGACAAUCAUCUACAAGAAUCUUCGAUGACAAAUUUAUCAAGUCUUCCAUUUGGAAACGGUGAUGAUAGGAUGAGAUGGAUGGAUAACGGUUCUUCAAGUAAACAGCAAGGUAAACAGCAAGGUACAAUAAUCAUUGAUCACAAUAGGACAGAUAGCCAUGAAGAUCCUUUUCUACAAAUUAACGUGGUGAAACAUUAUUUGUCAGAUAACAAGGCAAACGGAAAUACGAAAAUAUUUCCUGGUUCUCAGACAGGUGUUGAUAAUGCAGUAGCAUCUCAGUUUUCAUCUCCUUCUUCUAGAUCAAUCUCCCCAAGCAGGUGUCUCUAUUUACUCUGUGGAUUUUACCUCUUUCAUCUUUUAAAUAAUGUGCGAUUCUUCAUCUAAACUUUGUGUAAUCCUGUAUAGGCAUCAAAAGGAAGGAGAUUCUGCUUCAAGACUACAUUCAUUUGCCCAUGGACUCAUGCAAAUGACAGAAAUUAACGUCUCCAGCAAUCUGUUAAAGCAGGUAGUGCCUUAUUGAUCUGGCCACUAAACUCCCCCACAAUGGAAUUGUAUGGCAUGCUCCCUCUGAGAGCAUACAUUUCUGAUUAUGUCAUUAUUACUGCUAAUGUCAAAAGUUUUUAUUGGAGAACAAUCCACUCUGUCGAGGGCAUAUCAUCAUGUCUUGCAUAUGAUGAGUUCAUGCAGCCUUUGUGCCCCAAAGGCUAUGCUGCUUGUAAACUGAGUAAUACUAUAAUUGGCAGGAUCUUAUUGUCAAGGUCAAAGAGCAUGAAGAAGAGAUUUCGCAGCUAAGAAGACAUCUUGCUGACUUUUCUAUGAAGGUAAGUACAUACACAUUCAUUUUAUUACUAGAAGAUUUCAGUUUAUCAUUUUGUGAUGCAAUCACAUAUGCCUUUGCCAAAUGAACACUUGUACAGGAAGCGCAAAUACGCAAUGAAAAGUAUGUGCUUGAAAAACGAAUAGCUCACAUGCGCUUGGUAGGCUAUUUUCUGCAUCUAACUUUUUUGGUGUAGAGAGUACAGAUUUAAUAUAUGAUUUCUCAACAGGCUUUUGAUCAGCAGCAGCAAGACUUAGUUGAUGCUGCUUCGAAAGCUCUUUCCUACAGACAAGAGAUAAUUGAAGAAAAUAUUCGUCUCACAUAUGCUUUGCAAGUAUGAUUCGUUCCAUAGUAUAGAUUUUUUUUCCAAAUUUUUUAUUUUCAUAUAUACUCUUCUAUUCAUCCUUGACAAAUCUAUAACUUUCGUACUAACUCGCUCAAACUGUGUUGUUGAUUUUAUUGACUACCCCUUUUUGCUUGAUUAUUUUUCAGUCAAAAUCUUGGCCCCUGAUUUGGGUUUAUUAGGCUGAUUUAGGCUGAUCCAACAGUUUGUGAUUUCAAUCCAUUGAAAAUGCUGCAAACUAAAAUCGUUGUUCUAUUUUAUUCAGGCAGCACAGCAAGAGAAAUCAACUUUUGUGUCAUCUUUGAUGCCUCUUCUGGCAGAAUAUAAUUUCCAGCCAUCUGUGCCCGAUGCCAUGGCAAUUACCAGCAAUCUGAAGGUCUGAAAUUUCUUUCAGUCAUGGAAGGGAAUAUUUAUCCUCUUCGUCUCAAGGGUUGUCUUGCCAGUUCCUACUUUAUCAUUCCUCCUUUUGUUUGUGCGUCUGAUUGAACUUGCUUACUUUAGUGUUGUAUUGAUUAUUUCUUAAGCAGUUCUCAGUUGGUUACUCUACAACUGACUGAAACGGCUGGAUCCAGCCGUCUGAAGCGGAGCAUGCUUCAGCUAUCUCUGUUUGGUUGGGUGACAUGUCUUGUGAUGCUGGAUUUUAGAGUCUGUCGUAGAUUUUAUAGUUGAGAGUUUUGCAUUCCAUUGUUUAGGUUCACCUAGCAAUUGGAAACAUCGUUUUUUAGGCCCAGCAUUGCUUACUCGAGGCUUGAUAUUAAUGAGUGACCAUCGCAUGGAUGCCAGAACCCAAUUUCUUGGGCAGCCUCUCCACCUAAUUUAAAGGAAGGCCACCAGCCAGUUCGUUCCUUGGCUCUGCCUUUGAUGUUUGCAGUUCCACCCAAUAAAUCGAGGAUGUGUCUCUCCCAAUCUCCUGUGUGUACAAAUGAUUACAUGACUCUGCUUCUUCUCUUUGCCAUUCCACCCAGUGAAUGACUUACUUCUAUAUGUGCAUUUUCCUGUCGGUUGUGAUGAUAUUGCCUAAGGCCCAGCAAAAGUUAAGUAAACUGAAUAAUUUUUGGAUUCUCUUUUGCUCAGGGAUCUACUAGAAUAAAUUGUUUGCUCUGUUGGCUUAUUUGUCGUUUGAAAAUUUAGGAUACGUGUAAAAUUACGAAUGCUAGUCUUUUAUGAUCUAUUUUAUUGUCUAUAAACCAUCGACUUUACAUAUCUUUUAUUCUUUCAGGUUUUGUUUAAACAUCUGCAAGAGAAACUCCUCAUCGCGGAGGUAUGAGGCUAUUUUAAGGAACCUCGAACUGGAGUAUCAGCAUAUAUUUUGUUUCAGAUCGUUUGAAAUGACACAGGCCUUGCCUUGUCUACAAAAGACCGUCUGGAUAGUUUAGACGCUGUAUGGAUCCUGGGUAGACCAGCCGCAAAAUGUGAUGAGAGAAAUUAGUAUCGGCAGUCUGUUCAAAACAUAUCAAAUUUUAUCCAAUUUAAAGUUAUCCAGGAAUUUCAGUAAUAUGAUAAAAUGUUCUGGUUGCAUGCCGGCUAACUCUGUAUUUUUUAAGUAUCAGAUAAACUUAUAGAAAGAAUUAGGUUUGUAGUGGAUUUUAUCUAACAGCUUUUUGGAUAAAAAUGUCAGAAUACUCUCUGUUUACAGAAUCUAUUACAAAAUCAUUCCACAAGACAUAUUAGAAAUGUGAUUAAAAAGCUGUAUUUAAUCUAGUUAUCGUAUAAUGUUGGCUUUCUUUAAAUGGAUUGUCUUCGGUUUUAAAGAGUGAGAAUGGGAUUAACUUUCAAAACUUCUGUCGUCACUAAUUUUUGCAGGAGAAAUUAAAAGAUUCUCAGUAUCAGUUGACUCCUUGGCAGGCUGACGCAAUGAACAGCGUCCCACAGUCACCACUGCAUCCCAUCAAUCCAGUAACUGCCGCACCUGUAUGGUCAAUUACAUCUUGCUACUAUUUAAAACUAUAUCCUACAUAUUUUCUUAAAUUUUGGAGUGCUUGUGUCAGAGCAAAAGUGGGCUGGAACUCGUACCUCAACACCAAUAUUCUCAUGCGCAGUCACCCACUGCCUCUCCUUUGAACGCUGAGAUACGAGCCGAUUGGGAUGGUCUGGGACAUGGACCAAUUCGUAGUGGUUCUAGUGGUAUUGUGAGGAGAAACGGGGAACAUGAAACUAUGGUAAAAUCUUCUUCUGGAAGCAGGUGAGUUAGCCAAUAAUAUUUGUUUCGCCUCAUGAUAUAAUUUUCAAAUGUGUUAUAGUUUAUUACACCCAUGUCAUUUUCUGAUUGCUUAUGGGCACACAAUUGUCGAGCCUUGUGAUUCUUUUAUAUGUUUAUAAUAUUAUGCAAUAGCAAUCGUAUAUUGAAGAAUUGAAAGUGCAUGAGGAAUAUGAAAGUGCGCUUAAUUUUCACAUAUUUAAUUCUUGGUAUAUGCACAUUUCCUGUUUAGUAUAUGGCAUUAGGAGUAAUGAAUAACUUGUGGUUUGUGCCCCUUUGUUUUUGGUCUUGGCCUCCAUAUUCUUCAUGUCUCGAAUCGAUUGUUUCCCAUUUUCUCAGAAUGUGGAUUAUGCCAUCACAAAUCCCAAGUUAGAUUUUUGUUUUACAAAAAACCUCCAAAAGUGUCUUUCUUUAAAACUUGGCAUUGACAAAUCUUUGGGGAAAUAACUUAGGAAAGCAUUGAAAAAACUUUGCAGUUAAUGCCUUUCAACAGGAGCUGGAUUAGUUGGAUUGCCCAUACCACAUCUGCAGCCAGAUUUCAUUUCUCUGAAUAUAUAAAUUGGGAGAUUCUUUGAGUUUAGCAGAGGACUGAGCCUGGGUGUCUUUGGUCGCUCCUUUUUUUUCCGUUUGCUGGUCAUAUUCUUUUCUCAACAUUGAAAAAGCUAUCAUGUUGUAACGUCACCUGCAAUUAGUAGAUAGUUCAUAUUCAUUUUCAAUUUGGAAAGUCCCAUGCAUGUCUGUCAAGUCAGUGUGCAUAUGGUUGUAGAAGUAAUGAUUAGAUGUAGAGUUACCUUUUCCAAAUGUGAGAUUGUGACCGUAGAACUUGAAACACAGAAGACUGUUGCCAUAUACUUCAUAUCAGGGAAAUGCAAUUUAGAAUUCUCCUUAAAAUAUCAGGUGCCACCCUUUGACAAGUGUUGCUGUCAGAGAAUCUUGGAAUGUUUAUCAUUGGAAAACUUGGCUUUGAGGUCGAAAGUGGAAAACUAAAAACCGUCCUCGUCGAUAAAUGAUCCCUGCGAAGUCUGUUUAAACUUGUCUUAUCCUUUAUUUGCUUCUUGGCAAGUUUUGGCUUCUCUGAAAAAAUCGAACAGAGAAAAAGGUCGUUCUAUUCUCCUGUUUUCUAUGUGGGAUAGCUAACAACGAGAGUUAAUAUCUCAUCAAUUGGCAGAAAGUCUUGAAGAUCAAAAAUGGUUUGUAGAGCUGGUUAAAAUUGAUAACCCUCUAUGACUAGGUGGAUGUGGUGGGUUGAAGCUUGUCAGAGGUAGUGUAUUGGCUCUGGUUUCCGAUCCAAUCUCUCACGUGUGUCUAAACUUGCCCUUGAUACAAAACUUCUAUCCAGCCUAUCAAAGAGUACUGUGGGAAGGGGGGGGGGGAAUCGUGAAAUCUAUCACCGUUGAUUUCUUUCUCCUUGAGACAGACUCAGAAGUAGAUACCACACGUGAUUAGGUUUAUAUUUCUGUGAAGGAACCUCAAUGAGGAAAUUGGGGGUCUCAUCCUUGUGUGCAGAAUCCUCUGACAGGAAAAAUUAGAUCAGUGGAAGAGAUGAUGAGAGAGCUUGGAAGAUGGGAAUGAACUACAUGCAGAAGGGGGAGUCUUCCAAAGAGCUUAUGCUACCACUUUGUAGAGAGAUUUUGCGACACGGGUAGGCCAGAAUGUUUGAGGGAAGUUAAUAUUUUAAAAGUGUGUCAUAAAGAAGGAUAUCCGAGCACAACUGAGUUUGACAGUAGUUGAUGAAGGAAUUUCUCUUAUUUGGGGUUAUACCUAGGUUUAAUUCAAAAUUUUCAUAUUCCCUUAUUAACUUUCUCGAACCUGUUUUCACUGUCAACAGUUUGGAAACUGGCAGUCAGUAGAACGAGCAGCUUUCCCUACCUAUCAAUAGUUAUCACGCAUGUCUGCCAUGACAAAUAUGAGUCUGGCGUCCAGGGUUUGCUGGGAAACUUUUAGUAUGAAAGUUUUAGUCUCCCAACCUGCUAGUCCUACUCAGUUGGCUGGGAAAGGCUUACAAAUGUGACGAAACUGACGAUUCGGAAUCCACUGGGCGUUCUUACGCACUCACUUUACCCAUGCUAUGCCACCGAAGUUUAGUGCACCCAUUUGCUCCGAACGAUGAUUUGUCACCAAGCUUAGCCAAACAAAAAUACAUAUGAUAUUGGUUAUCUUGUAUUGAUUGUUCUUCAGUAUUGACUAGGAGGAAGGGUGAAACAGUCACACGCCAGGAUUUUUAUGAGACUAAGCCAAUUAUGGAGAUUUGAACAGCUUACCCGUGAGGGUUGAUAGAUUUACCCCAUAUGGUCUGGUUUCUUAGUUUCUCUGACAGUUGAAUUAACUGGGAUCGCUAAUAUCUGUGUCACAAUAUUCUAUAUUUUGGUGAAAAGUGUACAAUUUAAUUUACCAAACUAUGACAUGGUCCUUUGAUGAGGAAAAAAAAGAAGCAUAAUUCACAUCAGUGAAAAAAUCAAGGCUGUUUAUCACUUGUAGAUGAUUAUGAUCAUGAAUUCUUACCUCCUAUCUCAGAAGAAUAAAAUCGGCAAUGUAUGGAACUUGAGCCAUUGAGUACCUUUGCAACUUCUAGCUAUCUUUGUUGAAUCUAUCCGAGAGUUAUUUUUUUCUUAUUCAAUGAUUAAUAAUUAUUUGUUUAACCAAACUGCCUUCGCACAAACUUAUGAUGAAAUUUUGCGUAUUGACCUAAUACAUUUUUCGUAUGAGAACAUCAACAUGACUAUGUUAAUUUGGGAUGACAUUGCAAUGUUUUCCUUGCCUUUUCAGUACUUAAGAAUAUGUCUUUCGCUUUCCCAGCAUUCAUGAUCUUAUGCUGCUAUCACUGCGAUGGUUUGCUUUUCAGCUCCAAAAAUCGAGACGCACCAAUAAGCAAUGAGGCAGAAGAUUCUGAUGCAGCAAGAGUUCAUCCAGGAAGAGAGCCAUCUGCCCAUUGGGCUGGUACUGGAAACUCACCUUAUCUCCCAUCUGGUGUGGAUGAGACAACACCCUCAUAUCAUUAUUUGCCUCCAGUCCUGGAGGAACCUAGUUCUUCGUUAUCUGAAGGUAUUGGCCUUGAAUGUUUUAUAUUAAUGUCAAAGAAGUUCGUUUUUGAAAAUUGUGUUUAAUAUUUGAGGUUUACUAAUGCUAAAUGAUCAUGCUGGGAGUCACAGCUGCAGAAGAUGACCCCUUGCCUGCAGUAGAAGGGGUUCAAAUUACAGGGGAAGCUUUCCCAGGGAAUCAACUUCUGACGUCUGGUUUCUCUAUCAAUGGGACAAAUUCGUGCAAUUUUGAGGUGAAUUUCAUUAUGUCUGUCAUGUUUACCUUCCGACCUUAGAGACGCUUUACACUGUUCCUGUCUGUUCCCUUGUUCCUCUACAUUCUCUAGUACUUGGGGGGUCAUUUACGCUUUUUCUUAUGUGGUUCAGUGGGUGCGCUAUAGGGAAGAUGGAUCCAUUAAUUAUAUUGAGGGUAAGGAUCUUUCUUAUAAAAUCGUGCUCAAUUAUCGUAGUUCUGUGUAUGAACUUUAACAUUUUAUUUUUUUUGGAAAUUAAUAGGAGCGAUGCAGCCCGGAUACCUGGUUACUGCUGAUGACAUUGACUGCCUUCUUGCUAUUGAAAUUCAACCCCUAGAUGAUAGAAAACGAAAGGUGAAUUUAUUUCCUGAAAAUGCCCCAAGAUUUUAUUGCUUAAUGAAUCUAUUUCGAGUGGAGUGAAAGAGUAUUGACUGGAAAGUUGCUUUUCUGCUUUGGAAUGUACAUUCCUAAAUGUAGAAGUUCUUAAUUACUCUCGAAACGGCAGCAUAAUUCAUGACAGUUGUCUGGUAGGAAUUCCCAUAGUGCUGUGAUUUAUGAAUAAUUCAUGACAGUUGUUCAGUUACAGAAUUUUAGUGGCUUAGAAAAUGGUUAUCCAGAUUGGAUCAAACUGCUGGAUUAGGAUGAGAUUCUCCAGAUAUUCGGAUCCGAGAGAAAAUUGAUUUGGGUCACGAAAGGAAAAAACGACCUUGGCAAAUUUAUGAAGUGAGGAUGUAUAAGAUUUAUAAAUGCUUUAUUAAUUGAAUUGCCGACUUUUAGGCGGUUCAAUGUUUACUAAUCCCCACAGUGAACCCAACCCCAUACACAGAAACCCCGAUGGGUUCCCCCUGUGAUAGAUUACGUGAGAAAAUUGAUGGGAUUGGGUUCGCUUGAAAACAGCAUAUUCAACUUUGGCCUGUGAUGCAGCAACUCUGAUUUUAUGGUGGAGCUAAAUGCUCUUGCGAAUCUAAGUGAUAUGAUAGGCUAUUACGCUUAUUAAUCUAGCCAGAAAAUUGGCUAGGCAAUCCUUUUAAUGGCUGAUUGCUGAAAAUUCCAAAAUAUCUCUACACAUACAUCAUCAAAGAGCAAAUACAGAAAAUAUGAGAUGUCGAAAGAGGAACUGCAAAAGCAGACAGAAAAGUAAUUAUUUUUAGUCAGGGUUACAAGUGGGCCAGUGUGAUCAACAACUAACAAGACUCAUGGAAGUGGAAGAACAACCGAGAUGAAGUUUGUUUAGAUUGGAUAGGAAAGAUUAGAGUUCUAGCAGCGUGAGCAAGAGGCACAAUCUCCACAUAAUCAGCUGAUUUCGCUAGGGUAAUCCAAGAACAUGUAAUCAAGGAUAUAUUUCCGGAAGUAAAGAGCCACUAUUUCUUAAGCAUUUACGGUGUACAUUCUCUUACAUCCAACCAAGUUCUUUUUCCAAGAAAAAACAGGUUUCGUAGCUAAUUAGGCCUUCCAUUUCUUCUUUUAUAGCUUUUUCCAACGUUGUAUUUGAAGGGAUCUCUUUCAAGUUUAGGGAGGGGAAUAUUGGGCAAUAGGGGGGGGGGGGGGGGGAAAUGAAAAAAUGGAAGUUUACCAUUCCUGCAUCCCACCGAUGGGAGGGAGUUACUGACUCCCAUGAUCUAUAAUGUGUUCGCAAUGGGGCAGUAUUUUAUUUAAGAGAUUUAAUGUUAAAUCUCUAAUGUAUUGGGGUUUUCUGAAACAUACUAUUUAAACUCCUUAAAACGUGGAGAUUCAUUUUUGGUCAUCGUUUACUGAAUUUGCUUUCUAGCUCCGAAUUCUCAACCUCGCCAAUCUGAUUUCAAUCCAGUUGGAUUAAUCCAACGAGAAGGAGAGAGAAUUCAGACCAAAAUGGCAUUUUUUAUUUUUUAUAUUUGCUGUAACGCCUGAAGCUGGUGGAAUUUGACCUGAAUCAGCCUUGUGACUUGCUAAUAUCACAUUUACUUCCUCUUCUUACCAUUUAAGUUUGCAUGUGGUAGUAUAUAUACUGAAUCGCUGUUCUAUUCAGGUUCAAAACAAAUAAUCAGUAAAGAACCAAAAUAUGGUGCAAUGUACGUGUCUAUUUCAUGAGCUCUCAAAAACACCUUUACCUCUGUGCUUACUUUUCCAAUAUGGUAUAGGGCAUCCUAGCAAAUCAAAACCACCAAGAUAACUGAUUAUCUGUCAUAAGAUUAAAGUCUCUCUCACUCGUUGACCUAUCUCUUAUUCAAUGACCUCUAUACUUUGGUAAAAGAGUUAGUUACCUUUAAAAGAAAUGCAUUGCUCACCCUCAAAUACCUUAGAGGUUCAUGUGGAGGCCACCAAAUCGCGAAGUCUGUUUUUUGGUUUCUAAUUCCGACUGUACCUUAAUCAUGACCCAUCCAUCUGACCUGAACAUUGUCAUAUACCUAAGUGUGGUAUUCCAUUUGGCAAAUCUCCUGGGAGAAGCAAUAGCCAUUUAACUGGCAGCGGUUCUUCUACUGAAAUUAGUUUGACAAUAGACUUUUAUUUGCACUUGUGACACUCAGGAUGAAGUGCCUAUCAGUUGAUAAUAGCUUGACAUUGUGGGGAUUUGUGCAUAUGCAUCUUGAUGAUUACCUAUUAACUUUGUUACAAUAUGAGGGCAAGGAAAGCGCAUAAAAGCAAGCAAUUGUUUGAUGGUUAGUGGUUAGUUUUUCACAAAAGCGUACAAAAUUGAUGAUGUGGUUCUAAUUUGAUAAGAUGGAAGUCAGUUAAACUCUUUCGAGUGUCAUCAUUUUCUGCCUCAUUCUCAAAUGAUUUUUUCUUAUUUUUCUAAAUGCAGGGAGAGCUAGUGACAGUAUUUGCCAAUGAGCAAAGGAAGAUAACUUGUGGUAAGCUACGUUUUCAGUGUUUCAUGAAACUUUCUUUUCCAUGCUAACUUGUGCCGUAUGAGUGACUUUUAUCUUUUUUUAUUCAAAUAUAAAUUAUGGAUCUCAACAAUACAAUCUGUCGAGAUCGGACAGGCAUGAAUCUAAGAUGGUAUUGGUGCAUCACCUAGCCAUAUCUCUCUAAAAACAAAUGAAUCCUCGUGCACUCUUGUUGAAAGAUAAUGAAAUUAAAAUCAAUAAUUAACCUUCAUAUUUAAUAGAAUGCUAUGAAAGUUUUGGAAUGUAUGCAAAGCUAGUAGAAUAUCGUAUCAUGGGUAGUCAUGUCGAAUGGUCGUCAAGGGGCAUUUCACGAUUUGCCAGUCAAGAUCUAUUUAUUUCAUUGGAAUGUCGACAGAGGUUAUCGAGAAAAAAACUCAAGCACUAUGGGUGCUUUUGUGGAGCAUGCAUUAUCUGAGUUGGGAACCGUGUACACUCUUUAUAUGUUUUAUCCCAUCUAAAUGUAAAAAAGUGUUAGAUCCGCCUUGAUUCAUUUAUCCACCCAUGUUUAUGUAAUUCUAGUCAUCUGUCUAGUUGUCACUCUAGGUCUUAGUUGCACUAACUAUAGUUGAGAUUGAAGAAUCAUCAACGUGCCAGACAUGGAGGUGAGCACAUCCAAUGCUGCUUACGAAGUGCAUUGGUGAUAUAAGUGGCCUGCAUAUCUCUUAUGAGAAACAGAAUAUUUAAUAAAUAGACUAUUUCAUGCCCAUGAAAUGGGAACCUUUUAGUACAUCCUUGGAAUUAUUAUGUUGUUACGAUUGUCCUAUGUAUACCAAUACUGUACUAUUUACAUCUGUUCUGGUUUAUAUGUUUCCCCGUGAAAUUUAAUGUUUAUUUUAUCAACACGUUGCAAGCCCAAUUCAAGUCCUGGGAUGCUAGAUUUAUUUCUCGUCAGGAGCUUCCCCCAGGCCCAGUUGCAUGAAUCAGCUUUGGCACCAGAGUACUGAGGUGCAGCCAAACCCAAGAUUGUUUUAUGCACAUCAAAGUAGACCUGGUAAUAUUUCACAGACGAGGUUGAGGGUUGCAGUAGGUGUCUAUCCAGGGAUUCGAUCCUAUGACUUGAGGAUGAUCCGUGCCAGGAGGGAUCUCCUGAGGUCACAUUUUUUGAGUGUUGACCAGUUAUCUGACUGUAUUAUUUUGGAAUCCAUUCUACAAAAAGCAUCAAAGUCUAGAUUUUUGAUGAUCUACAGAUCUUUCAUGCUCUAAAGUCAUUAAAGAAAACUAUUAGCGACCUGCUAAUGCUAUGCCUUUUCUACUCUUUGAAAGGGCUCACUGUAUUUUUAUUUUUUUUCCUCAUGUAGUUUACUUAUUGAUGAUUCAUAGUUCGUCUUUCAAAUGCUUACGCCGAUUUGCAUCUUUUGUGGCUUAAGUUAACAUCUCUACUAUGACAGAUCCAGAAAUGCAAGAAAAGAUAGAGAGAACCUAUCAUAAUGGUCAGAUAUCAUUUGCUGUUUCAUUAUCGGUAUGCUUCUGGUACUCUUUCCUGAGCCGAUGAUGCUUUUAUUUAUAAUAGUAAAAAGAUUAUCAGGACUAUUUGAAUAUUGACGCCUUCUAUUCACCAAUUACUUUCUACAGACAAUACCUUUUUUUGUCUCUAUCAUUCUAUCAGGGAAACAAUCCCAUGGACAAGAAGUUUAUCUAUUACGAAAUGUAUUUAAUAGAUAAAUCUUACUAUUCUUGGAAGCAGGUGGGAAUUUCUGGGAUUCUUGGGAUUGAUAUGUUUCACUAGAUUACAAAGUGAAUCAUAAAUAAAUGGCCUGUUUUGUGCGACAAGAAGGAAUACACGGAGAAAUCAGUACAUAAAUUGGACGGCGUCAAAUGAACGGUGGGCAUGGCUACCUUCUUUCAGCCACAGCUGACUGCGUGAAUUUGAGGUGGUUUCACCCGCUUCGGUUGCCUCCAAGUCAAUUGCUUCUGCUGGUGAGAGCAUCCGCUUGGUUGCUGUGGCAGAGAAGAGGUAGUAAGGACUUCCUGCCUGAGAAUAUGAAAAUAAUAUAAAUCGAAUUUUACAAGGAUCAAAACCGCAUUACUAGUAUUCUAGUAGUUGGUCACAGACAAGAAAGUUCAGUUCCAGAGGCCGCAGUGGAGUGGAACGGCUGUGACGUGACAUUCCUUACCUGGAUCUCGAUGGUGCCAUCCCUUGUUCUUACGGGCAGACGACCAAGAACCAGGAUCAGAAAAGCUGAGUGCGAAUUGAGACGAAGGCAGAUGUUAAAUAUUUGCUUUUGCAUUAUUCCAUAUCUACUUCUUUUAACUUUAUGGUUGAGACAAUCCAUUGUGGGGUCGCAGUGUAAGAUUGUUGCGUUGGAUUGCACAUUCAACGAAUGCAUUUGCCAUUUCGUACCAAAAGCUUGUAAAAUCAUUUCAAAAGUCAAAAUUCAUCUCCACUUUUUUUAGUCGUACGAGAAGUACAUUUUCAAUUUAAAAUAUAAACAGAAAAUAUUUUAAAGCCUGGAGAAAGUUUGAAUCCUUUUUGGACUCCCUUUUUUGGAAGCAGUUAUCUGCUCUAUGAGUGAUUGCAAAAAUAUUAAUUAGUGAUUGAUGAUGAUUACAAUCAGAAAUAACCGUGAAUUGUUUGACAGGCUGGAGCUCUUAAUAUCUGGGAGAAUGCCGUACUGGCUAUCAAGAGGGAAGGCUACAGUAUCAAGGCCAGUGGCACACGUGGUGUUGUUGUCGCAGAGAAAUUUUCUCCAAACACACAAGUAUUGUUCAAUAGUUUUUUCCCAGCAACGCUGACGUUAACAGUCUCUUGUAGAUUUAUAUUCUCUCUUAAAACGGGUGAAAUUUUCUUGAAACGCCUUCCUUACGAUGCUCACUGUAGAAUCUUUUGGACGGGUAUUUCAUCAGUGUUGAUAAUCAUUCCCCUGCUCAACCGAUUCACAACGUCUUAGCCCACAGAAUGAACAGAAAAAAUUGACAAUAUUCAGGAACUCAUGACAACAUUGAGAUGAUGUUUUUUACUCAUUUAGUCAUAUACUCUUUCGGGGUAUCAUUUAUUAAUUAGUAAGCACAUGCCAAACUUGUUUAAAUUAUGGACCGUUGUCUGCAAUGCACAGAAAUAUUUCAGUUGAAUCAAUUCUAAAUUAUUACAGACUAUUGGUUAAGCAGUUGCGAGGUAAGACCGAAGAUCAGGGGGCCACCUUCUUAUACAUGUGUUUCCUUGCUUGCAUGACAUUACAGUUGCCCUUCAGUUAUUGUACAUCUCACAUUGAAUUUCAUAUAUCGUUGCUGAAAAAUUGUGAAAUAAUUGCGUUCGCAGGUCGCAAUUCCCCCUGGAUACGUGACUGAGUUUUCAAUCCAAAACUCUAGUGGGGUUGAGCAUAUGCUCAAGGCAAGUGAUAGCCGGUGAGUACUUUUUUCCCUAUGUAGGAUUAAAUAUCUUGCUUUGACUUGAUUACCUGGUAUCAGCACUGAGUUCAAGUUAUAAUAGCUUCUAAUUUUAAUAGAGUUUUAUUGCAAAUCGUUCCUGUAGAUUUCUUGAAGAGUAUCAGUAUGCAUUUUAUGAUUUAUUCCUAAUAUUAUUCUCGGUGCGUGGUUGAUGCAGGCAACGAGAUAUGAUAGUGCUUACCAUGAGGUUAUUUAUCAAGGGGGUAUAUCUUUAACCUACUUUUAAUCCAGUCUAGUUGUAAUAUAAUUUUUUUUGUGUGACUUUUGAUCGUAUUUUAUGCUUUUUUUUUAACUGACAUUCUCAACCUAAGCAUUAUUGAUUAGUCCUUGAAUAUUCGUUUGGGUCGAUAAUUUUUUUUCAGAUUUCUCAAACAUUCACCAAAGCUUUUGACUUUCAUUAGUACUUUUUCUGGUAUUUCAUGGUCCUCCCUCUUCUUAGAUCCCUGAUGAAACUAUGGAAAAUUAAUUUCGCCAGUUCACAAGUUGUCACCAGCUUACUUAAUCUCCAGAUUACGAUCGAGUUUUUUUCUGCCAGUUGGAUUCAAAAAGUGAGAUGAGAAUAUAUUUCCCUUGAUCUCUCUUGGUUUUGGAAGCAUCACCUUAAUGUUCCCAUGGUUAAACUCAUUUACACAAAAGUAAUCUGAUCCGGGCUUAGUUCUAUCUGUGUGGCCGACCUUACCAGAUCACAUGAAACCCUGAUUUUGGUCUUCGGUGACCUAAUUGGGCUUGGAGGUUUCACCCGCGACAGAUCUUACCAGACCACAUGAAACCCUGAUUUUGUUCUUCGGUGACCUAUUUGGGCUUGGAGGUUUCAUGUGGUCUGACAAGAUCUGUCGCGGGUGAAACCUCCAAGCCCAAUUAGGUCACCGAAGAACAAAAUCAGGGUUUCAUGUGGUCUGGUAAGAUCUGUCGCGGUGAAACACAUCCCUUUCUCUCACAAUCCAUUGCCCCUUUCAUCAAGCAUGAAGCACAGAAUGACCCAAUCUCCUAAUGCCCACUAGGUUUCUCCCGAUGGGGCGCUAUCUCCCCUCCCCAGACUUGUUUUCUCAGAAGCAUGAACCACAGUUGACUUAUUUUCUCGAAAGAUUGAAUCAUCGUUGACCUCCGUUGCCUCCCCCUGUGAGCUUGCCUCACUUUCACGGUGGACCUAGUAUUCUGACGUCUGUGUUUUCUGGCGCCAUCACAGGUGGUCGAGAAGAAAAGAGGGAAGAAGAAGGUCCUAUUCUUUUAGUAGGCCAUGAAGGGGUGUCGUGCCGGUAGUUUGUGCAGAACGACUGAAUGUAUGCUUGUAAAAAAAAUAUCAUUUUCCCUGUGAUGUGAGAGGAAAGGUGGUCGGUCAGUCUUUCCGAGGGCAUCUUUUGUAAGAACCCCCGAUUUUCGGGUGCGGUCAGCUGCUGCUUCUAGCUUUGACCCGACGGAAGUCUUUGAUGUGAGUUCCCAUGCCCACUGACGGCGAGAGUCAACGGCCCCGCCUGGGCCCCGGCCUCCUGGAAUCCCGGGAAAUUAUCUUCGAACCCGCUCAAGGUGGGUGUUCCUGUUUUUACCAAGACUCGAGGAGAGAGAGAGAGAGUCUCAUUCGUGUUUCGAAGGAUGGAAUAGAAAAGAGUUGUAACAGCACAAUUACGUUGUGGGGGUUGAACGUUGACCACAAUCCCGGGUUUUCAAAAGUCCAUUGAUUAAGAGGCGGCACGUCUGGGUGUUGGGUGUAACGCCGAGCCGGAUCAUCUUGUCCUGCAGCUCGAAUGAUCUUCUUGCAUCCCCUUCAGCGGAAUAAGCUUCGAUGAGGAGAUUAUAACUCUUGGGGUCGUAGAUUUGAAACUCCUCGGUCAGUUCACUCAAGAGUCUUUCAGCUUCGCUGAAAGCCCUCUCCUUGCAGUGUCCCUCCACCAAGGCCAGGCAGAUUGCAGAGGUAGGAGCCAAUCCAGCCCCCAUCAUCUUCCUCAUCAACCACUCGGCUUCCUUGACCUUCCUCUGCCGGCACAAGCAUCUGACAAGCGGUGUGUAUGUGGCCGAAUCAGGAGCAAGCCCACGGGCAGUCAUCUCCUCCACUAACUCCAGCGCCUCCGUCAGGCAGUCACAGCCGCAGAACCCUUCAAUUAGCAGGUUGAACGCUUGCGAGUCGGGCUCGUACCCGUCUUCCAAGAACAGGCCGAACAAGCUCCUCGCCGCGUUUGGUCUCUUGCCCUCGCACAGGGCGGCCAUUAGGGUUCUGUACGUCUCUGAAGAUACAGACGAACCUCCUGAGCUCCGCAGCUGCACCACCAGGUUCAAGAAGGCGAGCAAUUUCCCACCCCGUCUGUACCCCUCCCAGAGGGCACGGAAGGUGAACCCAUCAGGCUUCAGGCCACUCUGA